UUGGUCACUAGUGCGAGUAGCUGCCUUUAUAUCCGUCUCUACUACUACUACUACUACUACUAUCACCACCCUUUCAAUCAUGGCUACAUUUGAGCAUGCCUGGAAGACGCCACGAUGGGAAAAAUGAAAGAAAUGUCCCGUCAGCUUUUCUAUUAAUGCAAAGCAGGUUAAGGUAAGUGGAUAUAAAUACUGUAUUUGCGUUUUAAGAGACACUGCAAUAUUAUGUAAACAUUUUCCCUAUCUAGUUCGGAUUGUAGCGGUAAGGAAAGUUAAAGGACCUGAAUGCAGCACACACACAAUAAACAGUGAACACAACCGAGGCUAAGCUGCUUAUGAAAGACUCCAUCUUCCAAGCGGAUGGUCAGUACCUUUUCCCGGCUGAACUUGGGGAAAACUGGAGAUAAUCUGAAGAGAUUAAAACAAUGGCUGUUUUGAAAGUGACUUUUACCAAGACCAAGAGGGACAAGCUAGCUCAGGUUCUUUGGAUCCUGAAUUGGAUCUCGGUAGUGACGGGAGUGAUACUGUUCAGCCUGGGCCUCUUCCUCAAGGUGGAGCUCAGCAAGCGUCGGGAGCUAAUGGCCGACAGGGAUAUUCAGUACGUGCCCAAUAUGCUCAUAUCCGUGGGUCUCAUCGCAUGUGCCAUUAACUUCCUGGGCGGGAAGAUCUGCUACGACUGCGUGGAUACUGCCAAGUUCUUACGCUGGAAGCUAGUCAUGCUCCCCUACAUCGUGUGCACAUUCUUCUUCACCUUCUGCGUGCUGGUGGGGGCUCUUAUGUGCUACACCAUGCACUGGGAGCUGGAUGAGUCCCUCAGGGAGGGCUUGACUCAGGCCAUGAGGUUCUACAAGGACACCGACACGCCGGGAAGAUGCUUCCUGAAGCGUGCCGUGGACAUGCUGCAGAUAGAGUUCCAGUGCUGCGGCAACAAAGCUUACAGGGACUGGUUUCAAAUCCAGUGGAUCAGCAACCGCUAUCUGGACAUGUCCCACAAAGAGGUGGUAGAUCGCUUGAGGAGCAACGUGGAGGGCAAGUACCUCAUGGACAGCGCCCCCUUCAGCUGCUGCAACGUCAACUCACCGCGGCCGUGCAUCCAGCAGCAGAUCACCAACAACUCGGCCCACUUCAGCUACGACCACCACACAGAGGUGCUCAACCUGUGGACGAAAGGCUGCCACCAGGCGCUCUUGGACUACUACACCGGCAUCAUGCACUCCAUCGGCCUCACUGUGCUCAUCACGUGGCUCUUUGAGUUGUCGGUGUUGACGGGGGUUCGUUACCUCCAGACAUCUCUGGAGAACGUGCUGAGACAAGGAGACCCCAACUCUGAGUCUGACGGCUGGCUGCUGGAAAACAGCUUCAUAGAGACGGCUCGGACCAACCUGAACAUCAUUAAGACCCUCAGUAAAAACAACCACGUGGACACCGCCAACAAUGGAGACCCCAAUAUCAACAUACCGUCCGCUGUCAAAGCCCACUACGGGCCGGACAACGUGCCUCCUCAGCCAAUACCUGUAGUCAGCUGACCAUCAACGUAAAACCGUUGUAUUGUUGGACUUAAACUAACCUCAUGAGAAGGUUUAAACAUCUUUCGGCACCCUGAGUUGCCUUUUGUAUGUCAUUUUUUGCAGCAAUCCAGCAGAAUACUCUAUGUCUGUACUUUUAUUGAUUGUUUUAUCAUGUCGAUAUGACUGCUAAGAAUUAUUGGGUGCUGCUCAAAGAAACCGAUGCCUUUUUGAGACGUUAGUUGCAAAACAUUACAUUCAUUCAUUUUCUACUGCUUUUUCCUCACGAGGGUGACAGGGGUUUGCUGGAGCCUAUCCCAGCUGUCUUUGGGCAAGAGGCGGGGUACACCCUGGACUGGUCGCCAGCCAAUCACAGGGCACAUAUAGACAAACAACCAUUCACACUCACAUUCAUACUUAUGGAAAAUUUGGAGUAAUGCUAAUUAACCUAGCAUGUUUUUGGAAUGUGGGAGGAAACCGGAGUACCCGGAGAAAACCCACACAUGCACGGUGGAGAAUAUGCAAACUCCACACAGAGAUGGCUGAGGGUGGAAUUGAACCCUGGUCUCCUAGCUGUGAGUUCUGCGCGCUAACCACUCUACCGCCAUGCAGCCAAAUUUAUUUCUUCUAAACCAAAAAUGUACCACUUCCACACAGAAUUGAGGAGAACUUUUUUUUCCCCCACUCUACCAUUUCAGACACGCCAUGGCUGACUUCAUGCAGAGUUAAGGCAAUGUAAUGUAAUGUAAUGUCUCAAUAUUUUAGCUAGCUGUGAGGUCUGUGCGCUACCCACUCGACCGCCGUGCCGCCAAAACAUUACAUUAUAUGGGCAAAAGUAUUGAGACAUAUUCGACAAGCUUUUGAAGAGUCUGUCGUCUGUGGGAAUUUUUGUCCAUUCACACAAUCCCUAAUACGGGCUACUGUUGCGGGUGUAGCCCAUGCCAAGCUACAACUCAAUUCAACUUGUACCCCCCCCCCCCCAGGAAUGGAACGCACAUACAGCAACACACCAGUACAAGUGUGUUAAUAUCUUAAAUUAUUUCCCGUUAUUAUAUCUACUAUUUAGUUUAAUGAGUGUAAAGGUGACUAUAGGGGUGUUAUUUCAUAUCUAGAGGGCUCUAAUAAUGUUAAAAGUUAUAUUUAGAAGUUGGAAACAGGUUUUCUAUUAUCCAACUACAGAAACACAGGAAUACUACUUUGCGGGGAAUUCACUUAUCAAGGCUGGGUACGGGAAUCAAUUAACUUAUUCAAUACCGAAGACGUAUUUAUACGUUUUAUACACCCGGACGCCCGAUCCCAAAAACAUAUUGAUACAUCUUUUAGGUUUUCUUUGGGUGCAAGAUGGUGAUGACGCAACUGCACGCUAAAAUAAGUCACCGGUAGAUCAUUUUUCAGCCAUAAAAAGCCACAAGGUGGCAGAAGAGAAUUUGAUAAGAGUUCAAUAUGGAUCUUUAACACUCCAUAGCAAGAAGGAAGCGGAAGAUUUGUAGCAAAAAAAAAAAUGUAGGGAAAUUUGAACGCAUGCACACACACAGUUCAUGUUGUUAUACUUGUAUGUAAAUUAUUUGGAUGUAAAACAACCAUUCUUUGUGAUGUUUAUGAUGCGGUAUAGUUGUUUAGAUAUUUGAUAUGUCACAAAAGCAAUACACUUGUGUCAAAGUGAAAGUUAUGCUUGAAAUAUAUCUCUUUUCUGAUGAAAAAUUGGACUCCCAAGCUUUUUUGGUAGGUUCCACAUUCAUAUAGCCAUACAACACAAUAUAAUAACAGUCAUAAUACUAAGUAUACGAAGUAUAUUAGUGCGUGUGUGAAUAUAGUACGUAUAAACGAGUGCCAUUAACUUACAUUUCUUUGUAGAAAGCGUUUUAUGAAAAUAGCUUUACUUGUUUUGAUUUUUGGAUAUCCAGCGUUGCCUCGACACAUCCAAUAUGGCGGCGACGUUCGCGCUUGAUUGCAAGCCACACCCCCACGUGACAUUCACGCAAGCGAGCGGUCCUGCGUGUUUGUGAACGCGCAUGCGCGCGCUGAGUGAGACGGUGUAUGCUAGCUAGCUAGCUAGCUAGGUGAUGAUAUUCUUUGGGUUAUUUUAGGCUGAAAAAGUGUUUAAAUUCGGCACCAGCAGGAGGCUUUUGGCUUCCGUGCAGAUACGUGCCCUCAGGAAGCAGCAGAGAGCAUCUCCACACGAGCUUCUUCACGACGCCGCCUUUGCUGCUGGCUCCACCAUCACAACAUCUGCCAGUCAAAAGCAAACAUGACGUUGACCAACUCCAGACUGCGAGCGAUUUCCUCCAGGAUGCAGUGCUGCUGCCACAUCUGCUUCAACUUCCUGUAACGCUCCGGACAAAGGUGUAAUGGAUUGCCCCUCCUUGGGUUGGGAGACAAGAACAAAUAAGUCUUGAUUAACAUUGGCAGGAAUUUGUGAUUUUUUUUUGUUAUUUUAUAUACAAUAUAAAAAGAUCUGACAUAUUUGCAGGUUAAAUAAAACGCAAAUAAAGUAAAGAAAAAAAAAAGUGUUUCUAUUUUCCAAAACUACAUAUAAUGCCAUUUUGCUUUGUUUCUUUUUCAGUUUCUGCCAUGAAUUUGACUGGUGAGCACGGCGCUUUUAUUGUGGAAACCGUUUAUUAAAACAAACCAAUCUGGAACAGCAACACGACGAGUGUUCCGUUUGCACUUUAAUCUUGGUAGACAUGAUCCUGUACCAGCUCCAAACACCAUCUUGUUACGGGUAACCAAGUUCAGAGCUACUAGAUCAGCAUUGAAACCAAAAUUUAAAACAUAAUAAAACAGAAUGGCAUUAUAAGAUAAGAACACUUGUUUGUUUCUUUACUUUAUUUGCCUUUUAUUUAACCUAUUGACUUGUCAGAGCAGGGUUCAAUUCCACCCUCGGCCAUCUCUGUGUGGAGUUUGCAUGUUCUCCCCGUGCAUGCAUGGGUUUCCUCCCACAUUCCAAAAACAUGCUAGGUUAAUUGGCGACUCCAAAUUGUCCAUAGCUAUGAAUGUGAGUGUGAAUGGUUGUUUGUCUAUAUGUGCCCUGUGAUUGGCUGGCGACCAGUCCAGGGUGUACCCCGCCUCUCUUGCCCAAAGACAGCUGGGAUAGGCUCCAGCACCCCCCACAACCCCCGCGGUAGAAAAUGAAUGAAUGAAUGAGUUCUCCUCCUAUUUUGUGUGGAAGUGGUAACUUUUUGGCUUCUUAUUUAGUCUUUUUUUUGUCUUCUUAUUUUACCAUCUCUGUGUGGAGUUUGCAUGUUCUCCCCGUGCAUGUGUGGGUUUUCUCCGGGUACUCCGGUUUCCUCCCACAUUCCAAAAACAUGCUAGGUUAAUCGGCUAAUUGUCCAUAGGUAUGAAUGUGAGUGUGAAUGGUUGUUUGUCUAUAUGUGCCCUGUGAUUGGCCCUGUGAUUGGCUUGUCACCAGUCCAGGGUGUACCCCGCCUC